AACGAGCCGCGGGUCAGGCUAGGCCGCCCGGCUGUCUCCAUGAUCCCGAACCCGCACAGCCGCAGCCUCCGGUAUGCGAACCUGGCGAAGGUGCCCGAUGCUGCCCUGGAGAGCAGUCGCCGGGCAGUUGAAGAUCAGCUAAAGAUAUGUGGCCACAAGAGGGAUGCUGAUGUCUUGGAGCUGUUCCUUUCUCAAAAGGAACUGACAGAGGUCAUUGAUCUCUCUAGGUUUAAAAAUUUAAAAUACUUAUGGCUUCAUCAUAACAAGCUUCAUGGGAUAAAAUUUCUAAUUAGAAACUACUGUCUAACAGAACUAUAUCUAAAUAACAACGGAAUAUUUGAUAUAGAAGGCCUGCACUAUUUGCCUUCGCUGCAUAUCCUCAUGCUACACCACAAUGAGUUAACAAACAUUGAUGCAGCAAUGAAGGAAUUAAAGGGAAUGCUAAAUCUGAAGAACCUAAGUCUCUACCAAAACCCUUUGACUCAAUAUAACUUCUACCGUUUAUAUAUAAUCUACCACCUUCCAGGAGUAGAGGUGCUUGACCGAAAUCAAGUUACAGAAAAAGAAAGAAGAUCAAUGAUUACCAUUUUUAACCAUGAAAAGUCUCAUCUUCUCCAUUCGAUAGCAUUUGGAGGAAAAGUAGAUGCCUCAUGGGAUCCUAAGUCACCAUUUAAGCAAAAACCAGCCCAGAAAGUACCUUCAGAUUUUGCAUUUGGGAAUAAUGUAGACAAAACUGUGUUUGAUGAUCCAGAAGAUGCUGUUUUUGUAAGGUCCAUGAAGAGAUCAGUGAUGACAUUUACCUCUAUGAACUGGGACACAGUUCCAACACGAGAGGAAAAAUACCUUGAAGAGAAAGGCACAGAACCUGCUCAAAUGCUCACAGUUACACUGAGAUGAACCCUGUUUUACUGGAAAUCACAAUGGCUUUCAGCUGUAUAUUAAACUUCCCUGUGAUUUAGCAUAUUGUAUACAUUAUGAUAUUAUUUGAAACAUAGGUAAACAGAAACACCAUAAUGAAAAAUAAUUUAUAUAUUUUAUGAUUUUCUAAUAUAAAUUUUUUGUUUAAAACAUGUAUACAGAAAUGAACACAAAUCAUAAAUGUAUACAAAUCAUAAGUAAUCAUUCUGGUAACUAGCAUCGCAGAUCCAGAAACAGAACAUUAUCAGCACUCUAGAUGCCCCUUCAUUCCUGUUCCAGUCACUAACCACCCUACAAAAGCAAUCACUGUCCUGAUUUCUAGACCAUAAAUUCUGUAUGGUUUUGAAAGAUAUGUAAAUGGAAUCAUAGAAGAUGAAUUCUUGUGUGCCUGGCUUCUUUCACUCAGCAUUGUAAAACUCAUGUUGCUGUUAGGAGCAAUAAUUCUGUCAUUCUUAUUGCUGUAUAGUAUUCUAUUGUAUUAAUAU